AUGAACCAACUAGGUACGCUAGCACAAGUGUCCCGUUUCACCGAGAACCUGUCCAUGGACAAGAUCAAGAGCGAGUUCAACAACAUACAAAGCAGAUUGUCCUCGAUUCGUCCUCCACAGGAGUUUUUCAAUGUCAAGAACGUCUCCAAGCCGCAGAAUUUCGCUGACUUGCAGUCUCGCGUUUCAUACAACUUGAAGUACUACUCGACCAACUACGCUGCCAUCAUCGCGUUGCUGAGUAUCUACACUUUGUUGACCAAGCCGCUGCUGCUCUUCGUCAUCGUCUUUGUGUUUCUCAGUCUCGCUGGUAUCAACAAGUUGAACGGCCAAGACCUAGUCACCCCCUUCGGCACACUCAAGACCAACCAGCUCUACACAGCCGUCAUGUUUGUAGCCAUCCCGCUAGGGUUCUUGGCAUCGCCCAUUUCGACCUUGCUGUGGUUGAUCGGUGCCUCUGCCGUUACUGUAUUCGGCCACGCCUCCUUUAUGGAAAAGCCAAUCGAGACCGUGUUCGAAGAAGAGACGGUAUAA